AUGUCAGCACAAGACAAUUUGUCCAAAGAAGCUACUCUAACGCAGUUAUUUAGCGAUGCAGAACGAACAAUAAAUCAAGGCGAAUACGCCAAAGCUCUCAAGUCUAUCGAUAAAAGUAAGAGUUUUAUUUCUAAAUUGUUAACAGUUGAAUCUAUGGCUUCCUUUUCUUUCCGAAAAUCAAUUCCCUCUUACUAUCUUUAUAGGUUGAACAAAUUGUCUGAAGGUGCAGAACUUCUUCAUAAAUACCGAACUGCUGGAAAGAAUGAUAAUGGAUUGAGACAUUUGGAAGCACAAGUGGCAUACAAACUUAAAGAUUAUAAUUCUUCUCUAGAAAUAUAUUACAAUCUUCUUCAGGAAACAGAUGCA